CAGAGACACCCUCUCUCUCUUCCUCUUUUUCUCUCAUCUCAUUUGUGUACAGUCAUGGAUCUUUGCUAAGUAAAAAAGCCUUGCAAGAAGAAACAAGAGAAAACCCAAAAUCCCAAAACCAGCAAAGACCCUCUCUUUUUCUCACCUUCCAUAACUUAAGGUUAUGAUUGAGUGAGCCAGGACAAAGCUUCCUCAUUGUUGCCCAUAAACCCACUACCUCUUGCCUGUCGUAUCUAUCUCCACCUUUGAGCUCCUUUUCCUCUCUGAUUAGACACCGUCCUGGAAAAUGUUCAUGCAAUCUCUGUUGGGUUUGUUCCAUAGUGAAUCAAUUACCUUUAUUUUUCCCGGAAAAUGAGGGAAAGUGGAGGAAAAAAAUAAAAGACAAACGAGUUAAAGAUACCCAAGUCAUUCUUUUUCUUGCCCCAUACAUUGUAUCGUCUUCUUUUCUAUCUUGGGUCUUCGGCAGUAUACAAACAGAAAAUGAGGAAGCAUGGAUGGCAACUACCUUACCAUCCUCUCCAGGUGGUGGCUGUUGCUGUAUUUCUGGCGUUGGCCUUUGCUUUCUAUGUGUUCUUUGCUCCUUUUGUUGGAAAGAGGAUUUUUCAGUAUGUUGUGAUGGGCCUCUACACUCCUCUUAUUACAUGUGUCUUCGGCCUAUAUAUUUGGUGUGCAGCUGCUGAUCCUGCAGACCCAGGAGUUUUUAGGUCAAAGAAAUAUCUCAACAUUCCUGCCGAUGAAAAGCAUAAUAGAACAAAAGAUUCUAAACUAUGUGGGGAGUCAACAUCAUCAAUGCAUGAUGCUAAUGCUGUAACAGUUGGAGGAAAACCUCUGGAUAAGGAUGGUUUGGGCAAAGACGCGACUUCCAAAAUGUCCGCCAGUGAAGGUGGAACAAAGAAUGAAUCAGAACAUUCAUCGUGCUUCCUGUUGGCUUGCUCUCCGUGUGCAUAUAUCUGCAAUUGCUCCAGUUCGAGUGAGGAAUCUUCUGUACAACAAAUGAGUGAAGAAGGCAUGUUCUAUUGCAGUUUGUGUGAAGUUGAGGUUUUCAAGUACAGCAAACACUGCAGAGUUUGUGACAAAUGUGUUGACCGGUUUGAUCAUCACUGCCGGUGGCUUAACAACUGUAUUGGAAAAAAGAAUUACCGACAAUUUUUCACGCUUAUGGUUACUUCUCUCCUCUUGCUUAUUUUACAAUGGUCAACUGGAAUCUUCGUGCUUAUCUGCUGUAUUGUUGAGAGGAAGCAGUUCUCUGUGGAUAUUUCUACCAAGUUGGGGAGCAGUUUCUCUUUGGCACCUUUCAUUAUUGUGGUGGCGGUGUGUACCCUUUUGGCUAUGAUUGCAACCUUGCCACUUGCACAACUUUUCUUUUUUCACAUCCUCCUUAUAAAGAAGGGAAUCAGCACGUAUGAUUACAUCAUUGCUUUGAGGGAGCAGGAGCAAGAGCAACAAGGAGUUGGAGGUCAGCAUAGUCCCCAAAUGUCUCCUGCUAGCUCACUUACUGGAUUAAGCAGUGCAAGCUCCUUUACUACUUUCCACCGAGGUGCAUGGUGUACACCUCCACGUCUGUUCCUUGAAGAUCAGUUUGAUGUUGUGCCCCCAGAGACUGGAUCUGUCAGUUCGUAUGGAAGAAAGGUGGUGGGAGAGGAACCAGUUAAGAAGAAGAAUACAGCAGUAAAGAUCAGUCCGUGGACUCUGGCAAGAUUAAAUGCUGAAGAGGUAUCAAAAGCUGCGGCAGAGGCAAGAAAGAAGUCGAAGAUCCUGCAGCCUGUGAGACGUGAUGCUCCUUUUGGGCUAGAAAGAGACAGCAGCUUUGGCAGCAGUGGCCGCCGAAUGGUUCCAAGGCCUGACAAUAAUCGAAGGCGAACUACGAAGCGGGUGCGCCUCCCAGCCGACCUUCCCAUGGAUGCUUUGACAAAGGGUUCGGCUAAAGCUGUUGACAAAGGCUUUACUGAGACAUCAACUAGUUUGGCCCCUCUUCAGCUUGAAGCUCGGAGUGCUUUCCAAACAAGCCGAGCAAUGUCAAGCUCCACAGGGAUUGUUGCUUCUUCUCCUGAUAGCAGUUUAGACUCACCUGACAUCCAUCCCUUCCGGGUGUCCUCAUCAGGAGCUGAAGAGGCAAGGCGGCUUACGGGUCUGCCUGCUGCUGUUGCUGCUGGUCAGAAGGGAAUGCCACUAUCAAGAUCAACCAGUGAUGGGUAUGACGCAUCUGGUGGAGAAGAUAGUGAUAGAGUUCCUUCUAGAAUCGUCCAAAGGUCAACAAACUGGAGUAACCUUCUCUUUGGCUCUGAUCAAGAUGAACGGGUUGGCAAACUGAAAGCAUCAUCCUCUAGCCUGGCUAACACUAGAAUGCUGUGAUCAAGUGUGAUUUAAUGGGGCUUAGGCUAUUUUGAUUUUACUAAGGGGGAAAUUUCAAUAUUCUUUCAUUUGUGGGGGGCCGUAAUUGGCCUUGAGAUCUUAGUUUCAUUUCAGGGCUUCAUGGGUAAGUCAUGACAUGCGCUGUAUAGAAAUUUGAAAAUUUGGGUUUAACUGAGAUGCACAUACUUUUGUAUUUUGUCCGAGCUUAAUUGCAGGUUCACCUCUGUUGAAUUUUAGGGACUAUCUGAAUGGCAA